AUGAAGCUUCUGAUCGCUUCACUCUGUAUCGUCCUUGUGGGCGGGGCACCCGAUGGAUAUGGUAGUGGUGGUGGUGGAUCUUCGGGCGGUGGAGGAUUCUCAGGAGGAGGAUUCUCCGGUGGUGGAGGAUUCUCUGGAAGUGGAGGAUUAGAGAUUCUUCAUGUUGAUGGCUCCUGUGUCGUUCCCAUAAUCUCACGCAACGUAUUUGUCUAUGACGCUCCCGCACAGCAAGAAGAAAGUGGUCCACCGCCAAAUAUUCCUCCACCAAGAAUCGACCACAACAUCCUAUUCGUCCGCGUUCCUGAGAAGGGAGCAGCGCCUGAGCCAAUCAUCGUUCCUCCACCAAGGCAACAGAGCGUGGUAUACGUCCUGAACAAGGACGAUGGAGGAGGAGGACAGCAAGUGAUCGAAGUGACAGCUCCUCCACCGUCCAACCCUGAGGUUUACUUCGUCAACUAUGCUGAAGGAGAUAACCCUCAGCUGCCCAUUGGAGUUGAUCUCCAGACUGCUCUCCAAGCGGCUGCCAACGGCGGAGGACAAGUCAUCGGCGGAAGCGGAGGUUCUGGUGGCGGAUUUGGCGGUGGUUCCGGUGGCGGAUUUGGCGGUGGUUCCGGUGGCGGAUUUGGCGGUGGUUCCGGCGGUGGCUUUGGCGGAGGUUCCGGCGGCGGAUUUGGCGGUGGUUCCGGCGGUGGAUUUGGCGGUGGUUCCGGCGGUGGUAGUGGACUUGGCGGUAACUAUAGUCCUCCAGCUCCCUCAAGUGUAUAUUCUGGUCCCUAAGCGGCGGGUAAUAAUUAAUUUCUCUUCCACGUGACUAAUUACGUCAUUACUAUGUGGGGAUAUUAACUUGUCCGUAUUGUUUAGUUUUGUUAUUAUUUUUACAAGUAAAAUACAAUCUUUA